UUUACCUCCCACUCCUACACCACAUUUCAAGAGCUCGGGUGCUCGACAAAGUUCCCCUUCAAUAACCGCACUCAAAACAUGAAAUAUAAGUUGCUGCUGUGGGGUUUACUUUUGGCGCUCGCCCAGGCGCAGAUACUUAACGAGCUGCUGCUGCACAGAUACAUCGCGGGACGGCAUGGGGAAGCGCCUGGGAGCCUGAUCUGCCAUCCCCCAUUGAUGUUGGCCUUUCAGGCGCUAUUUCUCUUGUCGGAUGGACGCACACGCGAGCAGAUGAACGGCAAAUGGAGGGGGCGCCCGGAGGGAGGCAUAUCCGGGGAAUGGCCCAAGGUGGCCGGAUUCAGAAGCCUCCUGGUCAGGCCCAUGGAUAUCCCCGACUCAGCACGCAGUGCGGUGAAAACGGUGAGCGAUUUGGAGAUGAUGGAUUUCGAGUAUCCGGGCACGAGUCUGUUUGACAUCAAUCAACGACUGGAGGUCUUCACGAGUCCCCUGGUGGAGAGUCUGGUGAAGAAGCGCCAUCUGAGUAAGCACACCCAGAUGAUAUCGAUUAGUGCCGGCGCCGUUGAGGGCUACUGGGAAAGUGCCUUUCCCAGGGAGAACACCCGAUUCCGGCGCUUUCACAGCCAACUGGACAGCGAGGGACGCGGACGCACUGUGGCCAUUCCCACCAUGCACCAGGUGGGAUUGCACUACUCCUACGCCAAGCUGGAAGACGGAGAGAUGCUCCUCGUGCCGCUGGCUGGCAAUACCAACGUCAAGUUCAUGAUCCUCUUGAGCUCCAUUUAUUUUAGGGAUGGUAAGCCCCACAGAUACAUCAUUCCCCGACACAACAACCUCACGGAGCUCCUGCGCCUCGGAAAGCAGCAGCUGGUGGAGUUGCAGCUGCCGAAAAUGCAGUUCUCCUACGCUGUGGAGCUCGUGCCUCAUAUACUCAACGAUUUGGGGUUACCCGAUCUGCACAGCGAUGCGGCCAGCUUCGGCAGACUCUCGAACGACUCGAAGCUGCGGCUUUCGAGCAUGAUGCACACCGCCGCCAUCGACUUGGACGAGAGCGGGAUCAACGUGGUGAAGCAGAGUCAUCAUGGAAAAAAAGGAAUAGUGCAAGAAUUGUCCAAGGAUAAUGGUGUGAAGUUCUUUGCGGAUCGACCCUUUUUCUUUGCCAUACUCGACCAGCAGCAGGUUUACUUUACAGGCGAGUUCUGGGAUCCCUGAGCAUUAAAGAAAGUCAUGUCAAAAUGU